GGGUUGGUUCUACCAGAAGCGCCUGCAUAAGCUAUUAUUCGCCAAAGCAGUCUCUCUCUCUCUCACAGUGACCUCCAUCUACCAAUAAAAGGAUCAGAAACAUGUCAAUUUGUCAACGAAGACCAACAAACGCAACAAAAAAAUUUUAGUUUGGGAACCAACUUCCUAAUCCCACCUUCCAGCUACUUAUUAUGUAUACUUAAGAAUUAAGAUGUACAAAAUCUUCUAGUGAAGGUUUUCGAUUUUACGUAUAUUUGUUAGUUGCUUUUUUUUUUUAAAUAAGCUGAGUCAGGUGAACUCUCACUUUCGAUUAUCUGACUCUUGUUUUCUGCGUUUGUUUGAUUGUUACUUCAAUGUUUGAUUCCACUUGAAGCAAUAGUUAUUCAUGAUAGGUGGGAUUGUGUCAUUUUCUUCCGGUCUUGUUUUUCAAGAUCGUCAGUUUGUUAAACUACGUGCUGUUUCAGACUUGAAUUGUGGUUGAAUUCGUUUGUUUUUUCAACUGGGGUUUGAUAUGUUUAUCCGGCAAAUUUUGGGUUCUGUGUGGUUUCAAAGGAGGAGGAAAUUAGGGUUUUUGGUUCGGAUUCUUUUUGGAUUAUGGUUUGGUUUUGCAAUUCUAAAGCCUGUUGGGGCUCUCAGACCGCUAAGGGAGCGGGCACGCUCGUGGGGCGAUGAGUGGCUAUCUGUUAGAAAAGAUGAAAAUGAAUUGGGUCCAUUUUCUCCAUGGAACAUAACAGGAACUUACCGAGGAGCUUGGAAAUUUCUAGAUUCUGCAAAUAGCUCUUCCAAGUUUACAGAGUUCAGGAAAUCAAAUGGAAAUUCCAUCAUUGAAUUAGUUAGCACCCCAACAAAAAUAACUGGUGUACAUUAUGUUCAGGGUGUAAUUAUAUUCCAUGAUGUGUUUGAUAAUGAGCAUAAUGUUGGUGGUGCUCAAAUCAGAGUAGAAGGUGUAUAUAUAUGGCCUUUUAGACAACUUCGAAUGGUAGCUAACAGUGGAAAAGAGGGAGAUUCGAACCAAGAAGAUUAUAUUUUGUCAAAUCCGUAUCAUAUGCUUGGAGUUUUCUCAUCUCAGGUGUUCCAAGAAUCUCCUCGAGAAAAAAUAUGGAGAAGGAAAAAUUCACCAAUUUAUGAGAUAGAGAAACAUUGUAAUAUAGAAAUCGCUGCACAAAUUUCACGUAUCUCAUCCUCACAACAUGAGAGUGAUCAUGAUCGUUAUCACCUAGAAGGACUAAUGGAGAGUCCUGCAGUGGAUGAUGACGGGGAUUGCUUGUCACCUUUACUUGUAAAUGCUACAUCUGUCAACAUUGAGGUCUACUAUAACAAAGCAGUGAACUAUACUUUAAUGGUCACUUUUGUUUCUUUCCUUCAGGUUCUUUUGUUAAUUCGGCAGAUGGAACAUAGCAACACUCAAUCUGGUGCUGCCAAAGUUUCAAUUUUAAUGAUAGGGCAACAGGCUAUCAUGGAUGCAUAUCUUUGCCUCAUACAUCUGACUGCAGGAAUACUAGUUGAAUCUUUGUUUAAUGCUUUUGCAACGGCUGCAUUUUUCAAGUUUGUAGUCUUCUCAAUUUUUGAGAUGAGAUAUCUUCUUGCAAUAUGGAAGGCAAAUCGACCCAUGAAUAAUGGUGAAGGUUGGGAGACCAUGAGGCGUGAACUAUCAGUUCUAUAUAGUCGUUUCUAUGGGAUCCUUUUGGGAGGCAUUCUGGUUAUGUAUGAAUUUCACAAUUUUCUGCGACCUAUUCUUCUCCUUAUGUACUCAUUUUGGAUACCUCAAAUAAUCACCAAUGUUGUUCGCGAUUCAAGAAAAUUUUUGCAUCCUCACUACAUCUUAGGCAUAAGUGUUACUCGGUUAGCAAUCCCAUUAUAUAUUUUUGGAUGCCCUCACAACUUCAUGCGGAUUGAGCCUGAUCGGAAUUGGUGUAUUUACUUGAUUGUAUUUAUUGGACUGCAAGCUUUAAUUCUUCUUCUUCAGCACUACCUUGGAUCUCGAUGGUUCAUUCCUCGUCAGAUCUUGCCAGAGAAAUAUAGCUAUUAUAGGCGAUUCGAUCAGGCUACAGAUCAUUCUACAGACUGUGUCAUUUGCAUGACUGCCAUUGAUCUUUCACAGCGUAUUAAUGAUUGCAUGGUGACACCGUGUGAACAUUUUUUCCACUCGGGUUGUUUACAAAGAUGGAUGGAUAUAAAGAUGGAAUGCCCAACUUGCCGGCGUCCUCUGCCACCGGCCUAGAGAGUUAUUUCACUGUCUAUAUUCACACAGGAUCAUUUGCCCUGCACAAUCUGUUAACUUUGGUUGGCAAAAAGCCCCAUAUUUUGGUGAAAUACAUGUUUAGAAGAUGGGUGGAGCACAGCAGUUUUUAGUUAGCAUAUCUUGUAUUUUAAUUGUAUUAUAUGCAGCAUAGGGGUUUAUUUUUUACUUUGACUUGAUUCAUUUUUUUUCAAGACUUUUAGAAGAAACAUAUCAAAAAGUUGAUGUAGAUCCUUACCAAAAAUAAUAAAUCCCUCCGCCCAUGUGUUUUAGUUGAA